AUUGUACAGGAGUAAAAAAUGGAAUGAAAAGCAGGCACUUCGCGACGUGCUGCCAAUCUUCUUGUAAUGUCUAGUCCAGUAUGGAUGAGGUUACCUCAUUGAUGCUCAGCUUAUCAAUGCGAUGAAAUGAGAAAGUCUACCACUCAUCUUGUUAAGUAAAUGAAAGUAUGGCGCCGUCGUGCUGUGCAGCACAUCGACAUCGGCGCUGCCACCCCGGGCCUACCGCUAUUUCCGCACAUAAGCAGCUUGCGUCUGAGCCUGGCCGCUAGGGUUUCGAAAGCGCAUUAACGACUCCGAGAACCGCAGGAGCCUACAGAUACCAGAAGUGUCUAUAAUAGCCGGGUAGCUGCGAGAUGGGUCGCGAUGACGCCGGCCAACGACACAGAUGUCGCACGUCGCAUCGACGUGCCAUGCUCCAGCAGAGGGCACUAGACGUCGCCGAGAACCUGUGGCGGCAAAAAGUUCUUAUGAAAUGAGACCUAGAAUUUAUUUGAACAAGGUGGGACUGGGAGAUGACUAACUUCGUUGGGGUGGCUUUGCUUGACAGCGGCCAUCAAAGUAUGUACAACCAUCACUAGCACAGCAGGACAGCAAGGCCACAAUCAGACUAGAUGGGGUCGCUUCCUUAGCCUCAUGUGGCGCCACAUUCUGGCUUUGUCUUCCACUUUAAUCAGUACAUACUUAUUUAUUAGAGGUGUCACUGUCUGCGUCUCAGUCUCAGAAUAGAUAUACAAUAUAUCGUGGCCCAACGACACUCCAUAGAUAGGCGGGGCGCUAGUUCGUGACACGAGACAACGCAUAUACCACAUUCUAUUCUUCAAAGGUUCAAAUCGCUCCCGUUCCUCGCAGUUUAGCAUCUUGCUAUCAAAAUUUCUCAUGUAGCGCUUCUGUGUAGGGUUGUAGUGAUACGCAUAAUCGAUCAUGAUCUAUGGUUUAUGAUAUCAUGAUCAGCGACACGAGGACGCAGAAGCGCUAACUCUUAGGGAUGCCUGUACGCGUCGAUGGUCGUUCUUAUGCACGUGGUGCAAGGCGUAAAUGCGUACCGCGCGGCAGCGGCUGGCGGAGGUCCUCUUAAGGCCACGCGCGAGUUACUCAUAGUCAUAAUUAUCUCGUGGUCAUGCAGAACCAGGCACGAGAACAGACUAAGGAAGUCAGGGUGAACAACUGCUGCACCGGAUGACAUCAGGUCUGGCGUUCUCUAUCCGUAUUCACUUACUGCGCGUCUUCUUUCUUUGUAGCCCCCUAGCCAGAUUCGACCCCCCUUGUUGUACUCGAUCUUGCGCUUGGUUUUGAAUGAGGCCACACAUUGUGCAUGUGGCCGCCUUGUUGUCUAUCAGCGCCUACUUCUCGUGUUACAUCCUGUUCGCACACAUCUUGCCGCAGGUACUCCUCGUCUUCGCCAACAUGGUCCUCAGGAACAAGAUGUAUCAGCUCCCCUCGCUAGUGACGGCCGAAUACGUCCAAGGAGAGGGCAAAUAGUGGGUCCUUUUGCUAGCCGCGCCCUCCGCUCCGACUGUGUUGUCGAAGAGAUCCGAACUUCAUGAUCUCUCGUGACGUCGGUGCGCAUGGCGUCCCUGAUGUGAUCGAGAUCCCUGAAACUGAAACCGACCAUGAAGUUCUGGAGAGCUAGAGUAAUUAGCUGCUCUCCUCUGGCUCUAUAAUCAUGUACAGCGUUUCUAGUGCUAGUGCGCCUACUGGGGUGCUCGUCCUCCUAGUAAAGCCUCUGACUGCAAAGGCACCACAGUACUUAUUUAGUUCUUGCGUGGCUUUAACAUCCACAUCGAUCCUGGCGGCUCAAGCGAAGGGGAGGACGCGGACGACGAAUUUGGUCCGCAUGUUGAACAGGACUUGCGCGCGGACGAUCUGAAUGAGCGGCCGCAUGUCUUUAGAAGUAUGAACAUGGCAACGCCAACGCCUCCUACGGGAGCAGCAAGCGCGGCCUCGGCUUAUAUGGGGCCGCCGAUACAGUCUGACUAUCCACAAAACGACAUGCCGCAUGCCUGGGACUCACACAUGAGCGCCCACCUCGCAGACCUCGCGGUAGAGCAAGAGCGUCAGCCUCAGCUUUAUCACACAACUGGCAAACCUUAUUGGACGCGGCAUCCGCUUGCUGACGUAGAGGAUAUCAUCGUAGCGAAUAGAACUGACAGAUACCUGACCAAUUUGCUGAACGCGACAGCGAUCCUCAUAUACUUACGGUCGACGAAAAUAGUGCUAAAGAAGCGCCUUCCCAUCACUUAAUCAUUAAUUUUUCUUGUUAUUCGUGCGUCUUCUUGUUAUUCAGGUGUGCGCUUAUCUUCACCAGGAUCUUCAUACUAGAGGGGGAGACUCAUUCUGUGAGCACAGUAGCUUGCUCAGUUUGCUUAUCGAACCUUUUAAUGCGCGUUGCCCUGACGAGUUUAGAUGCUAAUAUUGUCCCCCGUCUCUAAUUCCGCGAGACCUGAGCUUUCGCCGUGAGUUAGUGCAUCUCUUACGAGCGUACCAGGGUUACGCGCUGGUGGGCGACUCCUGGGCGACAACGCUGGGCGCGGACAGGUUAGGCGUGCUGCAUGAUCCCAAACGGCCACGCACAUUUGGGACGCCAAGUAGUGGCGAAAAGACAGCGGAAACGCGAGAGAGCGCAGGCUUAGCAACUUCUCACGCAGCAUCGCAGCACCCUCCAGAGCAAGGCACAAGACAAAGCAUGCGGAGGCUCCAAGGCGGCCGCGUCGGUGCGGACGAAACAGAAGAAUCGACAUCCCACUCUGUCAGCGUCGACGCGUCUGGGAAUCCCGUGGAUAUUCUUGAGGAAUCCUGGGUCGUCACGACUGGUAGUUCCUUUCUCGACGAUACUGGCGGGAGGGUGUCAUCAUCAGCGGAAAGCUCAGCUUCAGUCGCGAGGGGCGAAAAAAAAGCGGGGUUGCAAAGCACGACCAUAGCCGCAGCGCAUGAAGGACUAAGCGAUGACGACGCAGCACCUUCACCCACAGGAGAUGAGGCAUUCCUUCAGAUAGUAGUGAAUGAGAACAAAGUUGUAAUAGAAGAGCAGGUGGAGCAAGAACGCAUGUCAGAGAAGACAGGUGCAGCACUAGGAGGAAGUGGAAGCCUCACCUCAAAAAUACUCCGCGCGACAUCAAGUAGGUCAGCAGCAUUUGGACGAGGACCCCCCCGCGUAGCCCCGGCGGUACAAGGACUUUUGCCAGUGAGUCCACCAACUGCUGCGUUUUCUUUCUCCCCAGCAAGCAGACCAUCGACAUCUGCACCAGCGCGAGCACUUUUUUCUGUCUUUGCCUCUCGACCUAGGACUUUCACUGAGCAGGAUGCCCAUGCCAGUGCCACCGCGGAAGAGUUCUUAGCGAAGCUUCGUUCCCCGCCUCCGCCAGAAGAUAAAAGCAUUGCGCAAAUGUUUGAGUACUAUGCCAAGUUUGUGCCUCGGCCAACGGGCAGCGCAGCGCAUGCGUAUACGGGCUUCACGAACAAGUAUCUCAGCCGAAUUUGGACAUUGGACCAAAUAACUCGGCGUCUGUACCCGAUCGCCCGCGACGGUGUCCUCCUUAUUUUUCCGGAACCACCGCCGCCUCACGUCGAAAACCCUCUUGAGAUGCCGAAGGUCAUCGCCGGGGACGUAGAAGCAUUACAUCCGAGGCUAAGAGACGUGGCCCCCACCCCUGUGCAGGACUGGCAUGCCGAGGCUACGGCGCUUCUAGACAACGUAGUAAACUACUUCCAUAACAACGAGGAGGCUCCCACGGUGCGAAAAGGCAUCGAGGCCUUCGUAAAGAAGAUGCGGGAAGCCGUCGGCACUCUCAGAGGAGAAGUAGCGGAUCCUGCAUCUACUGCAGGCACUGUUGGGUACGAACCUCACGUCAAAGAUUUUUUCUACUUUAUCCAUAGUGUUCGUCUUCUUUGAUCCAGGGCGAGGCGCUUUUGGCUUCUAGGUUAACUCUGCUAGCUUUGUAAACUACCCUGGGUAAGAGGCAUUAUUUCUUUCUCUCAGUGUGCAUCAACAUGAGGAUCCAACUUGAUGCUCAUGCUCUUGCAUCUGUGCAAGUGCAUUCCGGUGCAGCUAUAGCUACGCCAAUCCUCUCAAAUCAUAGACAUGCCUUGAGUCCAAACUCAUAAGCAAACACGCGCAGUGAGUAAGAGAAGCGGCGCGGAAACGUUCCGGCUGGGAGAAACCUCUAAUGAAAUAGACACGGUAGCGCGGAUAAUGUGGAUCCACUGGUCAAUCUCAUACAAAGCAUUUUGUGCCUGAAUUCGGACGGCGAAAUAGGCGCUGGCGGUGGGGCAGUGGACAACGCCCAGCAGACUUUAUGAAUGGACCCGCUUGAGCCCAAUUUAUCUUGUAGUGCCGCUUUGGCGCGGUUGUAGUAAUCGUUGAGCCUACUACUUUCGUGCGGAAGCUUAGGUCCACAGGUAGGUAGGCUAUCAUGGUAUAUGCUGCAGCAUGUUCUUUCUUUCAACAUGGAAGCACUUUACUUUUACUAGCAAAUUUGCACGCUAUUUAAAUGUUCGAGCUUGUGCAAGGCACGCAAUUGAUUUCAGCAUCGCAGAUGAAAUUAAGCGUGCCUCUAAGGACCAUGUACAAGUUUGGCAUAAAAUGCUGGGCGCUGGUCGGCUUCGGUGGGUCCUUCACAUAUUCACAAUUGCGAGCCGACACGCAGGACGCCGAGACUCAGGAGCAGCAGGCAGAGUCGAGCUCCGCGGGCGGUAGUCAUAGUGACGAAGGGAGGAAUCAGCUACAAUACUCACUGCUGAAGCGGUCUGCUGCCUCGCCGUCGAGCUACGCAACGUACGGGGCCAUUGCACGCAUAGCGUUAUGACUCGCGCUAGGAAGUCGAUGAGUGCUGUCGCAGUUGUAAGUUGGUGAAUAGAAGUGUCACCGUGAAUCAAUUACCCCUCUGCGACGGAAUCUUGCUCGUUGCAAAAGAAGCCUAGUAGACUUUACGCCCCGUCCCCAUUUUCGAAGCCGUUUCUCGAUACACUUCCUUGAUCUCACGGUACGCGAUGUCAUCAGAAUAAGGUGCUGGGCUCAGAUUUGCACAGAUUCGCAUGAGUGUCAAAAGUUCUUGUUUUAGUAUGGAUAUUAAUUAUGAUAUAUUUACAAGAAACCGGGGUCGCCCAAGGGCGACCCCUCCGUGAUAACAGCACAGCCACAUGCACAGAGUAGAAACACAAGAGAAAGCAAAAAAACAAAUCGACUGAGGCACGGAGCGCCCGCCCCUUGGCCUUGGCGGCUGCCGUCGAGAUGAUGGAGAGGAACAAAGACCGAAGCAGCCCACGGAACCCAAAACCCAACCCCUGCGCGCGGGAUCAAUUAGGCACGCCACGCCGAUGAGACAGGCCCGGCGGACAUUCAUGCGCGCGCGGGGGCGGAGGUGUUGCCAAUGCCGUAACGAAGGCGCGCCCGACGUCGGCGAGCCCUCCCAGGCCCGCGCGCCCUGCUCGUCUUCGCUGGUCCCGCCGAGCUUGCCCAGGCAGUUUGGCUGGCCAGCUUUGGCGGCUCAGGCCUCCCUGGUCUGAGCUGCUUGCGUUCUCGCCUAAGGCUGGCUGCUCUCGGGUUUUUGGGUCAACGAGCGGGGGCUGCCCAUCAAUCCCACCUCGGCCCCCAAAGUGCCUCACGACCUUCCCAAGCGCAGCACGAUCGACCUCCUCAAACACAGCACGACCCCCCAAACACAGCGCGACCCCCUAAGCACAGCACGGCCCCAGGCUACAACGUGGCCACGCAAACGCAGCGCGUCCCCCAAGCAAAACACGAAGCACCAAAAUCACCACGGCCCCCCAAACUUAUUAACACACCACGACCACCAAGAAGGCACACCAUGACCCCCCAGGCAUAGGCAACCCACUACGGCCCCCGGCAAACAGUAUGGGCAUGAGCAUGGGGGCACAGCAUGAGCGAACCCGUGCGCAAAUUACUACAGACAGCCAGCCCCAAAAAGACAAAGAAAGGAAGCAACGAACCUCGCAGACAACACGCAGCCGCUGACGCACCAGCAUGACCGCCAAAGACACAACACGAACCCCCAAAACAACACAGCACCCCCGACACAGCAUGGACCCCAAAACACAGCGGGACCCCGAAGAGCACAGCACUACCACCCCGAACACGCCACGGCGACGACUAAGACACACUACGACCCCCAAGAACCAACCACCACGACUCCCAAACAAAUGGCGACCGCCAUACCUUGCUAGGCUUUCUCGCCUCUACAUCAUAAGGCCCCGCAUGACCACGCACCAAAGCGCAGCCGCCUGGCCACGCACCAAAACACAGAGAGCAUGACCCCAAAAGCACAGCGCCAAGCCUAUCAGGGCGCACCGUGACCCCCUCGGCUCAUUCUUGUGACCAAAUGGACGCAGGCGCAGCACGCGACGACACUGAAAAAAGGGAGCCAGGCCACAAAGGGAGAAGGAAUAGCCUGGCCCCAUUUUAAAACUAAGCAAAGUCACAGCAUGCCCCUCAAACAAAGAGCAGCGCGCAGCCUCCAAAGCUAGCACCACGACCCCGCACCCAUAUGGAGGACCAUGCAAGGCCCCCGAAACACACCACGCGCACCAUGACGCCCCGCGGCCCCGCCUGCAAAAUGCGCAUGCCUUCCAAAACAUUGCGCGCCCCCCCGGGGACGAAUUGGCCCCCCCCGCCCUGCACAGGCAGCACCAACCACCCCCCGAGCAGCACCCAAGCAAGACCUUAGGCACACAGUGACCCAUGAGACACCGGCGACGACCCUCCAGCGCAUCACCAUCGACCCCCCGAAAAAUGUCACGGCCACGGGCACGGCGUGACUUGCUUGAAGCAUCUACACGACCCCAAAGGAAUGCGGCACAUGCAUGCCAUGACUGCGCCAACACCGCGCAGCCUCGAGAAACUGCAUGGCCCCCAGGCAAGCGCUGCCGCCAGCAUGGACGCCAAGGCCCUCACUCGAUGACCCCCAAAGCGCACCGCGAUCCUUGAAGACCACCGCGGCCAGAUAUUCACAACCACACACCGCGCGCCCCCAAAGUGACUAAAAAACGCGUGACACAAGGCGAAACAUUGAUGGCCCCCUGAAGCUGAACAAACACGACGACCACGAAAGCGCGCCGAGCUUCUCCCGGCUUGACGCUGACACACCACGACCCACCAAACACGCCGCGGCCACUUAGGUUAGACACAGCGGGGCCCCUUAGUAGAAACGCGGUUCCCUGAAGACAUUGCGCUGCGAGCGAGCGUCUAAAACAUCACAACGCGGCCCCUCAGGAUAGGCAUGCCAUGGAUGACCCCGAGCACGCCCAACGGUGGGCCAUGCAUCCUCCCAAGCUCCAGCGAUCUUCUCCCAGACACACACACCCCCCGCACUCUGCGACCCCUCAGAGCCGCAGGAAAAAACACGGCCCCGCAGAAUAAUGAGAGGCACCACAUUCAUUGCCCCGGCCCCCAAGACAAAGCCUGGCCCUUGAAGCACAGCGCAGUCUAAUGGACACCAUUGCCGCCGCCAAGAGUCAUGGCCCCCCCUGACACAGCGCGGAGGUGGACCCGGACAGCACCCAAGACAUGACGCAACCCACCAGGCAACGCGUGACCCCCUAAAGCGCCGCAGCGCAACCCCCCAAGCGUUGCACCGUCCAAAAACGAAGCCGGACCUCCUGAGCAAACACAGCCUGAACCUUUGGGCAUUAUGUAGCCCCCCAGGCACAGCACAAUCAACCCCCCGAGGGGACACAGCGCGACCCCCCAGGCAUGAGGUGACCCCAAACACUCUAGGACCCGCCAAGCAUGCCAUGCGAUGACCCUCCAGACACACCCUGACCUCCCCCCGGCAGGCACAUGCCACGACCAAAAAGGCGCAGCGCGACUCCUAAAACGCCGAGCGAGCCCCGCAAACACACCACGAACGACCACCCCUGAGAGACAAACCACACCCCCCCAGGCAAACACAGACCGACGCCGCGACCUCUACACGCAUGUCGGGGCCCCCGACGCAUGCCAGGGCCCCCAGGUGACACUGUGACCAAUAACUAAGGCGCAUGAAGAUGGCGCCCCAAACGCUGAGCGACCCCCCCAGCACACCAUGAACCUCAAACAUUGACCGACGCCCCGACCUCUAAACGCACCACGGCCCCCCGAACUCGCCACGGCUUAGCCUCCCCACGCAGCAUGACCCCUGGGGUGCAGCUUGACCAAAGCCAAGCCCCCCGGUAGCAGCACGAGCAAACCCGCGAAAAGGACACAGCCAGACCCUCCAGGCACCGCAUGGCCACACCCCUCCCCCAACACCACACUGCUGGACUUUUGGGGCACCGUAUGCGUAGGCCCAAUGCUACAGCAUGGCCCCAAAAAGAUAAAGCAAAGACGCCACCGCCCCGGUAAAAUGGGGAGCACGAGCAGCGUGGCCCCCUGAAGAAACGGGCACGGCGCGAACCCUAAAGCCCAGCGCCUUGGGCUGUUUCUCUUUCUCAUAUAGAAAUAGACGCGGCCAGCGCCUUCAAAAUAAGAGCAAGAGGACCCAGCCACCGCGCGGGGCUUAAUAUCAAGAAGCCUGCGGAGCUUGGGGGGGCGCUGCCCGUCAGCUGCCAGACUUCCUCGGGGUUUUCUUCUCAGAGAGAUACCACGGGGCCAGCCUCUAAAGUUGGCACUUUUUGCGGCUUCCUCCUCGCGUUGUCGGUUGUGACAGACUGGACGCAGGGGGCCUAAGGGGGUUGCCUGGGCGGAAGUUGGGCGCCGCGUUUCUAUCUUGGUGAGAUUGCCCACCCGUGGACUUCUCCGGCCGCACUCUCCUCGAAGAGCUAGUCGCGCGCCUACAGCUAUGGCCCCCCACCCGCGUGGCUGGCUCUUACAUUCGGCGCUCUAUCGGCCUUGCGCCACGAAAGUCAUCAAGCGGAUGGGAAGGCGUGAAGGCGUUGCCAGCAGGUUGGCUCUCCUUCGCGUUAAGCGGGUUAACGCUAAGGCACCUCGCUCGCAGCCUCUGAACGCACACUGCCACGGAGGAGCUGCUUGACGCUAGUCCCCAUAUUUAUUGUGGCGCUGGUUUUUCUGCAGUUUUCGCCGAGGCUCUCAAGCGUCGCCGCGUCUGAUCUGGCGCGGAAGUUGGGAAAGGGGCAGGGGCUGCGCAGGUGUGGGCCCCCCUCCCCCCCUCUUGUUAGUCACAGCGGCAUAGCCCGCAGCCUGUCGGCCGCACGCGGCACAGCCCGCAUCGUAGAACGCUGAGGACGGAAAGCCAUGCGUUUCCUCUAUCAAAAUCAGCACACAGCGCCAGCUGUUUCAAUUUUUGAAACGUUAGCGGCAAGAUUAUGGCUUUCGGCUUUUUUCGUUAUUCGAUGUCGCUGAAAAUGCUGAAGGUGGUCUGUUUAGUUCGCGGAGUAUGAGCCCCAGGCACCGGAGUGGAGCUGUUUGGGGUUUGCUGUUGCUCUACUUCUUUCAGGGUUGUCGCGCGUGUUUGAUGAGUGUCCUCUUCAGGCUGUGAAGCUGGUCGGUAUUCAUCGGAGUCAAGUAGGCCGCGCACCUCCAAGCUAUGCGCUGCAUCUCAAGCGAGCCCACGCGUCUUGCCUCGUGGCGGGGGGAUUCCAUCGGGGGGAGCGAGUAGCGCGUGGGAAUUGCGAUAGGGUUUGGGAGAAGUGGCUUCAGGCUUGCGGUCUUACGAAGAGGGUUGCGCAGGGGUUGGACAGGCACAGGGGUUGGACAGGGGUCGGCCCCCCUAGCCCCCCCCUAGGGCCCCCCUUCUUCCCCCGUCAAUCCCUCAAAAAACCUCUCUAGAGUCUAGACUCUUUUGCGCAUUAAUAAUAAUAUUGCUCUUUUAAUAUUGUUGGAACACCCGAACACGUCCAAGCGCACUACGAGGCUCUUGAGAGCAAAUGGGAUGAUUAUCGUUGCAAUGUAACAGAAAGACGAUCAGAACGGACGCGCCGAAUGAUCACUGACUGUCUAAGGCCUUGAAGUGAUAUCAGAAUGGGUCCAAUGUCAUUGGGAUAUCAUGAAGGGUCAUAGUGCAGUUAAAGAUCUGGGAGAUCUUGCUGCUGAUUCAUGUUGGAACUCAUUGAGUUCAAAUGAUGAUCAUGCGAAGAACUAACAAGAGUUCAAGACAAGGAACGGCAUUGAUCAUGAUCAAGGUGACGAGUGAGAGCAGUCAUUUGGCAUUGGAAUCAGGUUCAUUCAUUGGAUCUUGAGCCAGUAAUGACCAUUGGCCAACAAAUAUAAACAAAGACAGGCAACUUCUGGCUACUUGUGCUUUGCGUUUCCUUCUAAUGUAAAACCUCGCGGGCACCACGGCUAAGGUUCUAUCGGGUCUGCACGACAAGCGAUCGAAAACUCCGGACUCGAACGAGCGGAGUCUAGAAUUCCUUGCGGGCCUCGGCGAUCUUGAGGGCAUCGCUACAACCAGCGUCGCUGCGUGGAACGAGGAAUCCUUACUAGAAACAGGACAGGACUCGAAGCUCUUCAUCCGCGAAUCGACGGCGAUGCCGCAAACUGGCUCGGGGGAGAAAGAAACUCCUGCAGCUGCUUCGCUUGCGGAUCUCACAGAGCCAAUCUACCUGGGGUUGAAUCUGAAAGACAUUCUGCGGGCGAUAGCCAAACUCGAUAAGCCGCAGACAGUACUGGAGCCGGAAGAGCCUGCGUGGCCGUGGCCUCAACAAGACCAGGAGGCAUCAGAGCACGAUACGAAGGGAGCCGAACACUACCUCGUAAAACGGACCCUCCUCAUUGCGGUCCUCGAAAAAGGGCAGCUCCAUGGUAGUGCGAAGGAACCAGUAAAGUACAGCCAAGAAUGGGAAGACUCGGCGACAACGUUUGCCACAAAUAUCCUCCGCAUCGUUGCACUGGCAACAUGGCUCGAGAACAGUGUUUGUCAGGUGUUGCUAGUCAUGCUUCAACUUACGUCGUUUACACAGUAGCGCGAGAGGCAAGACCUUGUCGUUUCAAAUGUAGGCGCGGAUGAUUAUAGUAAUGAGUGAGACAAUGAUAUACUGUGAUACAGAUGCAGUUUCAGACGUUUAAGAGAGCUAAGGCCUAGUCAGGUUCCCACAUGUUUUAUAUUUUAUUUAUGUACUCCGAAUAAACAAAAAGCGCCCGCACUCAUAAUGACGUGGUUGACAGGCUAGGCACAAAACGAACUGAAAAUCAUACUUUCUUUUCAUCAACAGGCCCAAGAUCUCAAUUUAAGUAUGUAAAGUCUCGAAAUUAAUCGAAGUCCAUGCGUAAGUUACUGACGACAAACUUCCUGAGUUUCAGACGCAGGCCGGCAGUAUCAAGGGGUAUCCCUUAACCUGGGACGGGUUUUAGAAAACGGCCACAGGAGCCACAGGCAGAGACGACGACGAG